ACAGUUUCAUUGGGCAGUUUUGUGUUUGUUUUUUUUUUUUUUAAGUGACUCUUGAGCUGCUGCUUUUAAAGGGAAUGUUAGAGGUGACCUGCCUGGAAAGCUGAGGGAGGAAGGUGGAGGAGCCAAGGGCUGGAGCAGCUGAAGAUGCAGCUCUUGACCUCACUCGAGGGACUCUGACUGAUGUGAACCACCCCAGAGCUUUGGGUGCUGUUCCAGCUCAGCCUCUGCAGCACAAAUAGAUUGUUGUGAGGUGGUGGCAGCACUGGGACAAUCCUUAGGGAUACACAAAGGAGAGCAAAGCCACAGGAGAGAGUGGCAGGUCUGAGUCGAGGAAUGUGGGUAGUGACUAAUCCUGAGAAAUGUGUUUGCCAGCUCUGGCUUUAACCGAUUUUGUGUUGCUUUCAGAAGACAAAGAAAACUCCAGGCCAUCUCCUUUCACCCCAAAUAAGGACAGUAAAGACACAGGUGUCCCUCUGGCUGCCUGCCCUGUGAAGAUCUUGGCCUUGCCACGGAUGGAGGCAGCCCGGGAUCAACCCUUUGGAUCCGAGGAGGGGCUGCAGGUCACAUCCCAGGGCCGGGCAGGGAAAGCACCUUUGCCAGACUCCUUGGAGCUACAAGUGGAGUCACAGAGCCAGGGCAAAGCCUCCUGUGGGGCAGGAGGGGACUCCUGGUGCUGCAGCUUCACCCAGGACUCGGAGGGCCCCCGGGUCAUCACUCACAGGAACAAAUCCCGGUUAUUUGCUGGAGAAACGGCUUCAGGAAGCAGCAGUGUCACAUCAGACUGGGGGGUAACCAAACAGGAGGGCCAGGAGGUGAAGGCUGGACUCGAUUUCCAACCAGGGCUUAGUGCAAAGCAGAAUAAGAAACCACAGCAGUGGAGUGGUGUUAAUUCUUUAACUGAUUUUGCUGAGACUGAGAAUAUAAAUCCCGUGCCGGGAGCCAGGCCCUGGGCUCCUGGGGGGGUUUGUUCAUCUCCACAGAGCCCAGCGAGAGCUCAGCCCCUGAGAGAGCGUGGCCAGAACACAACAGGGGCUGGGGUGGGCUGGGACAGCCCCUGCAGGGAGCUCUUCUGCCAGGACUCGGAGGGGAACAGGGUCAUUGCUCACGGCUGCAGGGACGGGGGCAUUUCCCACAGGGACAGUUCCAGCUGUGCUGCCUCGAGCCAGCCCCGGGGGCAGCAGCUGGAGCUGUGCCCUGAGUCACUGUUCACACAGGAUUCUGAAGGGAACAGGGUGAUCAAACACUGGUGAGUGACCUCAGUGUCCUGUGUGGCCUCUUGUGCAGCAGGAAAGUGGGAGGGGGGAGUUGUAAGAAAGUUGUCAGAAUUUGGGAAGUGAACCUGCUGUGUCUGUGUGCAGGGUAUAACCAGCAGCCACAGGCAGCACCUCUGUUUUUUAUUUUGUUUUAGUACAAAUAAAAUGUUGAAGGAGUUUA